UAGAAAAUGGAAUAUACAGAAAAUUAUGAACUUGAAGCUCUGAAAUACUGUUACCAGUCAGAAAAUAUUUCUUGCCCUAAAGAAAUACGACCUAUGACUACUUAUUUGAUACUGUAUUUUCUGUUAUCAGCUGGAAUUAUUUUGACAAUCGGUGGAAACCUAAUUGUGAUUAUCUCAAUUUCUCACUUCAAGCAGCUUCAUACACCUACCAACAUUCUCAUUCUCUCGCUGGCAGUCACUGACUUUCUUCUAGGGAUACUUCUCAUGCCAGUGACUAUGGUUAGAACUGUUGAAACUUGUUGGUAUUUUGGAGAUACUAUAUGUAUUGUUUAUUCUUUUUUUGAUAUAGCAUUGUGUACAAUUUCUGUUAUUCAUUUAAUAUUUGUAGCCAUUGAUCGUUACCAUGCUGUGUGUUAUCCUUUGCUUUAUCCUACUAAAAUUACAAUUUCUGUAGCUUGGAGUUUUGUCACAGUUAGCUGGGCAGUACCACUAAUAUAUACAUUUUUGAUUUUUUAUUUUAAAGGUAAUAUAAAAGGAACAGAGGAAUAUAACAUUUGCCCAGGUGACUGCAUUGUUUUGUUCAGCACAUUAUGGGGUUUACUUGAUACACUCUUAACAUUUUUGCUUCCAUGUACAGUAAUGUUAUGCAUGUAUAUUAAAGUAUUCCUAGUUGCCAGAAGGCAUUCCAGAUUAAUCAAGUGUUCAAGAGAACAAACAUCUUCUGAUGAUAAUAAGCAUAUAAAUUCUCAGAGAAAGGAUGGAAAAGCCACAAAAACUCUAGGGAUUGUGAUGAGUGCAUUUAUUUUAUGUUGGUCGCCUUACUGUUUUAAUAAUAUUUUUGCCACAUAUUCUGAUUUCUUCUCUACACCAGUAGUAGUAGAUGCAUUGGGAUGGUUAGCUUAUUUUAAUUCAAGUUUUAACCCAUUAAUAUAUGCACUAUUCUAUCCAUGGUUUCAGAAAUCUUUCAAAAUUAUAAUAACUUGUAAAAUAUUUAACCAUGAGUCAUCUCUAAUAAAUUUGUUCCCCAGUCAUCAUUAA